AUGGGGCUGGGGGCAGCCUGGGCUGGGGACAGGGGUGGUGCCCAGGAUGGGGGUGGGAACGAGGUGGGCUUUGAGCUCCCCGCCACCCCAAACCGUGGUGCCGUGAUUCCGUGACCUUGGUUGAGCAAGUCGCUGCCGUGCCAGGCACGCGUGCGGGAUGGGCCGUGGCCUGUCCCCAUCACGCCCUGUCCCUGUCUUGCUCCUGGAAGAAGAGCUGCGGCGUGGGAGGGACGGGAAGCUCGGGUCCCCUUAAAGGCGAGGCUGGCACUGGCGGUGCGGAGGUGGCCUGGCAGCGAGCGCGGAUGUGCUGCCAGCACAGCUGGGAACGGCUCUUUUGGGGCUGCUUGAGGCUCAGGGUUUCCUAACGGCGUGCCCUCCAAAUGCAGAGUCUGCUCCCUGGGGUCUGCCCAAGCCAAGGGGACGUGGCAGUGCCAUGUGGGCCCAGCGUGCCGGGGUCCUGGGCUGGCUGCUGCUGCUCCAGGUGGUGCCCGGGGCUGCAGGCGCCCGGCCUUGCAGCCCCAAGUACUUUGGUCGUGACUCCAUGGUGUGCGUGUGCAAUGCCACGUACUGCGACACGCUGGACCCCGUGGUCCUGCCAGCCCCGGGCACCUACGUCAAGUAUGAGAGCAGCAAGGCCGGCAAGCGGCUGGAGCGCAGUGAGGGGAGCUUCCAGCGCAGCCUCCGUGCCCCAGGGCUGCUGCUGACGGUCAACAUCUCUGCACUGUACCAGCAUGUGAAGGGCUUCGGUGGGUCUCUCUCGGAUGCUGCUGCCAUAAACAUCCUGGGGCUAUCACAGCUGACCCAGGACAACCUGCUGCGGUCCUACUUCUCCGAGAACGGGAUUGAGUACAACCUUGUCCGGCUCCCCAUGGCCUGCAGCGAUUUCUCCGUGCGCCCCUACAGCUACGAUGACGUCCCCUAUGACUAUGAGCUGAAGCACUUCAAGCUGGCAGAGGAGGACGUGAAGAUGAAGAUCCCCAUCCUGCACCGAGCCUUGGCCAUGGCCAAACGGCCACUGUCCCUCUACGCAAGCCCCUGGACCUCCCCAGCUUGGAUGAAGAGCAAUGAGGAUGUCCGCGGGAAGGGCACGCUGAAGGGGCAGGCGGGGGACAAGUACCACAAGACCUGGGCCAACUACUUCAUCAAGUUCCUGGAUGAAUAUGCCAAGCACAACCUGACCUUCUGGGCGGUGACAGCACAGAACGAGCCCCUUGCGGCGCUCUUAGCACACCCCCAGUUCCCGACCAUCGCCUUCACCGCUGUGCAGCAGCGAGACUUUGUGGUGCGGGACCUGGGCCCUGCGCUGGCCCGGAGCUCACACAGCGCCCGGCUCAUCAUCAUGGACGAUCAGCGCAUCCACCUCCCCGCCUGGGCCAAAGCGGUCCUGGGCAAUGCCACCGCUGCCCACUACGUGGCUGGCAUCGGCGUUCACUGGUACCUGGACAGCAUCGUCCCAGCCAGCUGCAGCCUGGAGGCCACCCACAAGCUCUUCCCCAACCAUUUCCUCCUCUACACUGAGGCCUGCAGCGGUUUCCUCACCUAUCGGUUCUCCGUGUCACUGGGCUGCUGGGAGCGAGGGGACCACUACAGCCACAGCAUCCUGACGGUCCUGAACCACUUUGUGGCUGGCUGGACCGACUGGAACCUGGCACUGGACCUGGAGGGGGGCCCCAACUGGGUUGAGAACUACGUGGACAGCCCCAUCAUCGUGGACAGCAGCGAGGAUGUCUUCUACAAGCAGCCCAUGUUCUACCACAUGGGGCACUUCAGCAAGUUCAUCCCCGAGGGCUCGCAGCGUGUGGGGCUGCACAGCAGCCGCUGGUGCCUCUUCUGCCAGCUGGAGCACGUGGCCCUGCUGCGUCCUGAUGGCGCCAUCGUCCUGGUGGUCCUCAAUAGGUCUGCCUGGGAUGUGUCCUUCGGGAUCUUGGACCCCGCUGUCGGUUUCAUUGAGGCCGUGGCUCCAGCCAGUUCCAUCCAGACCUACCUGUGGCAGCGGCAGUGACGGGGCUGUCCCCAGGGCUGGGGGGUGGGUGCUGGGGGCUGCAGCUGGCAGCCCUCCCCUCACCAUUUCCAGCAUUCUCCAGUGGUGGUGGCACCCUGGGGAUGUGGGAUGGCCCAGGGGUCCUCCCACCUCUGUGCCAGGGGUGCCAUGGUCCCAUUAUGUCCCCCUCCUGGUGUGGCAGCGUCCCCCUGGACACCAUGCCCUGCACCAGGCCGUGCUUCCAUACGUGGCUCCCUCCAAACCUUCGCGUGUGUCUCGCACGCCAAGUAAAGCUUUGACGUGCUCCCUCCGGUAUGCACCGUUCCCCGUCAUUGUUUCCCCUACGUGCUCAGAAAUUGUUCCGUUUUCCUCCCUUUUCCUCCACAACGUGGGUGAGGCACUGAGUGCUGAGGGGGUCCUAGGGCAGCCUCCGUCCCCGCAUCCUCCGUGUGGCUGCCUCGUUUGUAGCUGCAGCCAGAGGCUGUGCCGUUGGCCAGCUUUU